AUGUCCAGCGCUCAUCCGCCAAUUGUGAUCCGCCCAGAUUCUAUCGGAGAUCAAGACGAUGAGACCCAAGUGAAUGACACUCAGACUACUCUUCUUUCAGCACAUCCUGCUCUCCCCCUAGCGCAUUCUUCGCCCUCAGCACAGGCCCUUUCCUUAGUGCAGCCUCCACCGCCCUCCAUGGCCACUCUCCGCUCUCAGCCAGAGUUCCUGAUGACUGGCAUCAUCCCCGUUCCAUCCAAUUCAGACACCGACUGUGCCAUCUGUACAGAGGCACUCACCACCGACGUCGUUAAGUUCAUCAAGUGCGGCCAUGUGUUCCAUUGCGCGUGCAUACUUCGCUGGCUUCAGGGUUAUGGGAUGGGAAAUAGGAGGUGUCCCAUGUGUCGGGCUGUGUUGUUUGGCACACUACACUUCGAUGCUGCCCAGCACAGCCUCCACACUGAUUCAGAAGACUCCAGCUCUCCGGAAGACUCCAGACCUUCGGGAAAUUCCAGGUCUGAUAGUCUCCUCUCGAGACUUCUUUGGGAUGAGGAUGACGUGGACGCCGCUGGAGCGGCCUGGGCUGCGGCGCGUGACCGCGGCAUCCAGCGCCUAGCAGAUCACGGGCAGGCGAUGGCUCGUCUUGAGGCUGAGCUUGAGGUGGCGAUAGCACGUCACGACGCUACUGAACUCGCCACCCGUCGGUCUUUGAAUAACACGGAUCACUUGGACAGGCUUAGUACCAUUCACGACCGUAUCCAAGUCGCGCAAGACCGAGCUAUGGCUGGUCUGACGGCAAUAUCAACGGCGACGGCAGCACAUCGUGAUGAUGCUGAAGUCGCCCAAGUCGUCCCUCUCGAAACAGUAGCACAAACUUCAGUCAGUCUUGUGGCCGAAUUGGCGGCAGCGGCAGCAAGUCUUGACAAUACUUCAGCCGCCACACGGCAAGCUAUAGAUCAUAUGGAUCGUGUGAACAGGGCGGCGCUUGAGGUGUCACGUACUGAACAUCGUCUUCGCCUCGAAGCGCCGACUGACUCGGUGACGGAUGCUCAGGGCGGCGAGCAAGCGAAUCUUCUGGUAGCGGAACCUAGUGAGCAGACCGAGACGGAUUAG